AUGCCUGUAACGAGGUCCACGACAGGGAGGCUACAGCGCGGCGGCCUAGAACAGAGGCCUACUGAAGAAUCGUCGGCCGCCGGCGCCACCGCCUCCACCGCCACCGCUACAGACUCCGACACGCACACGCCGUCAACCGCCGUGAAAGCAUCAACAUCGACGGGUGUGUCCACCGGAGUAUCGACGCCGCCCUCGUCUGCCGCCAGGGUGGAUAGCGUCUCGCCCCCCAUAACAGGGGGGGCACCACUCCCUGUUUUCGGGGGAGUACCGCCACCGCCCUCCACUGCCGCGAGGGUGGUUACAGCUGCUGCCGGAACGCCCUGCCCACCGUCAUGCAUCCGGGCUACUCCGCCAGCGUCUACAGCAAGAUCGAAGGCCAAGUCAUUAAAGGCACGCCGCAUCGCCGAAGCGAAAGAAGAAUUAGCGUGUCGUCAAGUUGAAAUCGCCGAAGCAAAAGAAGAAAUAGCACGUAGUAAAGAAGAAAUAGCACGUCGUAAAGCUGAACUCGCCGCCGCCCGUCUCGCAGUUAUUGAAGCUGAAUCCGACACCGAUGACGACGACGGCAGCAUCAGUACCGAGAUGGAGAGUACGCUCAAGGUCGACUCGUGGCUUAAGACACAGCAGAAUGUACUGGCCAUCAAGAACGAGCCUCACUCCGCGUCAGCAGCACCACCACCGCCAACAGAAGCUGCUGAGGAGUCCAGACAGCAUGAUGAGGACUACGUUCUACCGCCGCCAGUCGCCACCGCCGUCGACCCUGCCUCCACUGCCGCCGUCCCUGUCGCUCAGCCGCGGACAAGCGACUCUGUGAGCCUCACUGCCCUCGCCGAAGCUAUUGCUCUAGCUGCAAGAGCCGGGGCGCCGCCGCCACCACCACCGCCACCGGCUCCACGUCACAUUAGUGAGCUACCGUAUUUUAGUGGCGCGCCGCACGAGUGGCUACAGUUCAAGACCGCCUACUACGAGUCCGCCGCAUCACUCGCGCCCUGCGACAACAUGGGGCGCCUACGUCGAUGCCUGAAAGGAAGAGCGAAGGAAGCUGUCAGCCGCCUGCUCAUCACCAGCACGACGCCCGAGAACGUGAUGAAGUCACUCGAAUUGUGCUUCGGGCGCCCGGACAGCAUCGCGCUCGCCGAGUUGGAACGUCUGCGCGCACUACGCCGGCCUACGGAUAUCGCUACAGAGUUCUGCUUCUUUGCAAACGAAGUAAGCAACAUCGUAACGACACUUCAAGAGCUGCACCGCGACCGCUACCUCAACAAUCCCGAGAUCACGCAGCUCACAGUCGAGAAGCUCACCGCCGCCCACAAGCUUCGCUGGUUCGACUUCUCCGCCGCACAGUCGCCCGAGGAACCCGACCUGCUGAAGCUCAGCCGCUUCCUCACUCGGGAAGCCUCAAUAUGCCGCACGCACAUGAGAAGACUAUGCUCCAACGCCGGCCACAACAUAGCAGAAUGCCGCAAGUUUGUAGAGAGCAACAUCGACUCACGUUGGCAGCUAGCUAAGGAAAGCAGACUCUGCUUUCGUUGUCUACGCUACCGCAGCAAGACGCACCGAUGCAGAAUUAAGAAAUGCGAAGUUGACGGCUGCGAGAGGUCACAUCACCGACUGCUUCACUUCGUGCGCAAAGACGAGCCCGAAUUAAAUAAAAGGGAAGCAGUCGCCUCUUCGUGGACACCGAAGACGCAAGCGUAUCUCAAGAUAGUAAAGGUGCAAGUCUCCGGACCAGCGGGAGCGGUCGACACAUGCGCGCUCCUACACGACGGAUCUACUGUUACGCUCAUCGACAGUGACAUUGCACAGAGGAUCGGAGCCAGGGGGCCUAUUGACCCUCUCUUCAUAGAAGUGAUCGCUGACACAAGCGUCGAAGAGUCCGCAUCACAUCGCGUCACACUCACUCUCGAGGGGGCAAGCGGGACGCACAUAGUCAACGCACGCACAGUAAGAAAGCUGCACCUCGCCGCACAGCGUGUCACCGAGCAAGACCUUGCCGGCUGCCCUCAUCUAGAAGACAUCCAGCACGAGCUGAAGCACGCAGACAUGAAGCCAGGCCUGCUCAUCGGGCAAGACAAUUGGCACCUGCUCAUGGCGUCGGAAGUGCGAGCGGGACAGCGACACCAACCAGUGGCUUCACGCACACCACUGGGCUGGGUUUUACACGGUGCACACACGCGCGCACUGGGACAGCGCGUGCACUACGUGAACAACAUCAUCAACCUCGAAGACAGCAUGGACGAGCAGCUGAAGAGACACUUCGCGCUCGACUCAUUAACGAUCACACCGAAGACACCAAAGUCUGACCCAGAACAGCGAGCACUCGACCUGCUCACCAAGAACACCAUAGCACGAGACGACGGCCGAUAUGAAACGUCUCUACUGUGGAAGAAGGAUGACUUCAGCAUGCCAAACAACUACGAGAACACGCUGAAGAGACUUCACAGCAUCGAGAAGAAGAUUGAUCGCGACGCUGACCUCAAAGAAAAGUACGAGAAACAGAUGGAGAGCCUUAUUACAAAGGGCUACGCUGAAGUCGCGCCACCGACCACAUCAAACAAAGUGUGGUAUCUACCGCAUUUCGCAGUCGUCAAUCCGAACAAGGGCAAGAUUCGCAUUGUCCUGGACGCAGCAGCCACAUAUAAAGGCGUCUCACUAAAUGACCACCUACUCACCGGGCCAGACCUACUACAGUCGUUGCCGGGAGUACUAAUGCGCUUCAGACAGCAUGCAGUCGCCGUGACAGCUGAUAUCGCCGAGAUGUUCAUGCAGGUGAAGAUACGCGCUGAGGAUCGAGAUGCCCUUCGCUACCUGUGGAGGGGCAACAAGCGUGAUGGGCCGCCAACAGAAUACAGAAUGACGUCACUCAUAUUCGGCGCUACAAGUUCACCAUCAACAGCAAUCUACGUGAAGAAUAUUAACGCACUCAAGUACGAAGCCACUCACCCCGAGGCAGUAGACGCAAUUAUCAACAAACACUACGUCGACGACUACCUCGACAGCCACAAGACCGAAGAGCAAGCGAUCAAGGUGGCGCAGGACGUCCGCGACAUACACCGGCGAGGCCACUUCGUGCUGCGGCAAUGGGCAUCAAACUCCGAGGCAGUACUCAAAGCACUCGGCGAAACAGGCAACGAGCCCAUGAACAUUAAGAUCGAUGAUAGAUCAAGCGAACGAGUCCUAGGUCUCAUCUGGCGGCCAAAGUCCGAUGCGCUCGGUUUCAACCUAGACUUGGCGCGUCUGCCGCCUGCAGUCAUAGAAAAGAAGAUACCCACGAAGAGAGAAGCACUCAAGAUCGUCAUGUCGCUGUAUGAUUCGCUCGGAUUUGCCGCGCCUGUCACCGUGCGAGCAAAACAGCUACUUCAAGAGGCGUGGCGGCGUGGCACUACCUGGGACCAGCCAAUAGAUGAAGACCUCUCAGAACAAUGGCAACAAUGGAUGAUGCACCUGGAAGGGCUACGCCGUGUCUCAAUACCGAGGUGCUACGCCCGCUACAGCGACGCUACGAGUCUACAGCUACAUAUAUUUGUCGACGCGAGCGAGUCCGCAUACGCCGCCGCUCUUUAUUGGCGGGCGGUAACAGCAGAGGGUAAGACAUACCUAUCGCUCGUCAUAGCAAAGGCGCGAGUGGCACCGCUCAAGCUCACUUCGAUCCCGCGCCUCGAGCUACAAGCCGCCGUUAUGGGCUGCCGUAUGGCCGCAGCCGUCAUUGAAGAACACCAAGUUAAGCCCGAAUCGAAGACCUUCUGGACCGACAGUAAGACGGUGCUGACAUGGCUGAAGAACGGCUCAAGAUCGUACCGCCCGUUCGUCGCGCACCGCAUAGCUGACAUCGAGGAAAACAGCUCUACAAAUGAAUGGCGCUGGAUACCUACGAAACUCAACGUGGCCGACGACGCUACAAGGGAUGUGCCACGCGACUUCGACGCUGACCACCGAUGGUACAAGGGCCCAUCCUUCUUACUCGAGGACCCUACUGCCUGGCCGGCGGAAAAACCACUUCUAACGAAGAAAACAGGCGAAGAGAAAACGACCUCAGUUACCGAAAAGUCUGCACAACUAAAAGAAGCGCUGCCAGACUACAACCGUUUCUCUAAGUGGGAAAAACUGCUACGAGCUACAGCAAGAGUUUUACACUUCAUACAGCUGUGCCGGCCACGUGAUCAGCGAGUCAACUACAAAAGAACUGCGAAAAAUAGCGAAAAAGACCAUGACUGGCGCAAGAAAACAGCUACGAAACCGAACAAGCGUGCGACAGUGAAAACUACAGAAGACAGAAAAUACCUCCCGCUCACCGGGCAGCUACUACGUGAGGCGGAAAUACUACUCGUACGCCUAAGUCAACAGCAAGCCUUCGACUCAGAAAUAGAAGACUUACAGAAAAACAGAACCCUGAACGCGAGAAGCAGGCUGCGCCACCUUGCGGUCGUCGCUGAAAAUGGAAUACUACUAUUGAAAUCGCGAAUCGGCCGUACACUCAAUAUAGAACAAGGAGUCAUCAGCCCUGCAAUACUCGACGGCAAUCAUCAAAUCACCAAACUGUGGAUCGACUACACACACCGCCAGCUGAUGCACGCAGGAGCCGAAACUACAGUUAAUGAGUGCAGACAGCACUACUGGAUACUCCGCCUUCGCACAGUGGUGAAGAUGAUGAUUCAUCGAUGUCGACCAUGCCGCAUCAGGAAAGAUUCACCCCCGCAGCCACCUACAGGAGACCACCCAUCGAGCCGCCUUGCACAUCACUGCAGGCCCUAUACCUACACCGGCCUGGACUACUUCGGGCCUCUGACAGUCACCGUGGGCCGCACUCGACAGAAGCGAUAUGUGGCGCUCUUCACGUGUCUCACGACGCGCGCCGUACACUUAGAGCUGGUGGACUCUCUCACCACUAGCUCGGCAGUGAUGGCGCUGCGUAGGCACAUGGCACUCUACGGAACACCUACUGAGCUAUGGUCCGACAACGGCACGAACCUGCGCGGGGCUGAUAGAGAGCUGCGGCAAUCAAUCGACGCCGCUACAGCUGAUGAAGCGGCCCAACAGAAGAUCAACUGGCGCUACAUACCUCCUGGGGCUCCUUUCAUGGGUGGGGCCUGGGAGAGACUGGUGCGGUCAGUGAAGACCGCCCUUUACGCCGUCCUGAACGAGCAGCACCCAGCCGAACAGGUGCUGCGCACACUGCUAGCCGAGGCAGAAUACGCAGUAAACAGCCGCCCGCUCACGCAUGUGUCACUCGAGCCCGACGACCCCGAGGCCUUGACACCGAACCAUUUCCUGCUCGGCGGAUCAGGACGCGUACACGCGCCUGGCAGCUUCGACGACAAGGACCUCAUCAGCCGCAGUCACUGGCGCGCCUCUCAGCGCCUGGCCGACCUCUUCUGGGCAAGAUGGCUACGAGAGUACCUGCCUGAACUUCAGCACCGGCGGGAGCCUCACGGACGCGGCGAAGCAGUCAAGGUUGGCGACAUUGUCAUGGUGGCAGACGGCAACCUACCGCGCAACACGUGGCCAAAGGGCGUUGUCACGGCUGUCUACCCCGGACAAGACGGCAUCGUAAGAACAGUCGACGUCCAAACCAAAGGAGGAACCCUUAGAAGACCGACCAAGAAGCUGGUGAUCCUGCCUACAGCUCCAGACGUUCCGACCAAAGAAUUCAACGCCCUGCAGGCGAUGACCGGCGGGAGAGAUGUACGGAACGACUAAAAGAAGUUUUGUUUUAUUUGUAAAUAGUUCAUAGAAAUAACUAGAUCAAGUAGUUAACUCGAUUACGCUCGCGAAGGUUCUGAGCGCUAAGAUAAAUACUUACUUAUGUGUGUGUAUAGAUAUAGAUAUAGUUUAAGUAUGUACCUACCUACUAGUUGUUCGAGCACCUACCUACUUUAGUAAUAAUAAUAAAUAAAUAGUGACAGCAAGUGAGGAGGCCAGCGCCAUCUAGUAGGAAAUAGCAUAACGAAGUAGAACAAUAGUGCACUAAAUAGACCAUGUAGUUCACCUACUCGACAACAGAUGGCAGCCCCAUCUAGAACAUUCUACUUCUUAUGAGUCUUUUCUAGAGCUUCCUGGAAUUCUCUAUCUUCGGUAGAGAUUAGUAUAAAAGGCAGACGCCAACACCUCACAGCAAGUCAGUCUAAUAGUAACAGCGGAACAGUAAACAACAUACAGUCCACUAAUAACAGCCUAACAGUGAAGAUCUCCAGAGACACUCGAAGUCAACAGUGAACAGUAAUACCGGUGUUUUCUUUGGAAGACUCUACAGGCUAACAGCUACCUCAUCAGUGGCAUUUCCUCAUCUUCUUCAAGAACCAACAGGUGCACCGCCACUUCCUUCGAACCGUACAGUAAUAGUUCGUGAAACGGUCGAGGUGAUCCGCACA